UUCCUCAUUACCACCAAAUAGCCCCAAAUUCAGUGGUAGUUUCGCCCAAGACUACCUAACCAACACUUGAAAAAGGCAGAGCAUUUAUCCAAGACUGUUUAAAAUGCACAACCCACCACUUUGGCUACAAUGCCUCUCCUCUCCACCUCUGCAACCUUUCAUCAUACCAAACUUCCACUUCUCUCUCUCUCCUUCUUCUUCUUCUUCAUCAUUUCUUUUCAAUAAUUUCAAGCCCAGGCGCUUCAGCUUCUUGAAGCCAUUCUCUUCCCUUAACGAAACGAAGAAACGAAAGACCCUCCAAAAGGGUAUUCCUAAAACCCCCCCACAGAGCCCCAGGACGCUGUUGAAUCUGAAACCAAACAAUGAUGGUGAUGAAGAAGAAGAAGGUGGGUUGGAAGCUGAGACUGCUAUUAAAGGAACCCUUUUGGCUGGUUUCUUGCUUGUGGGUGUUGUUGGUGGGUUUGGCACGGUUGGGUUCAUCUACAAGGAUCAGAUCAAUGCCUUCUUAACCCAGUUUUCGGGUUUCAUUGAAGGUUAUGGACCAGCUGGAUAUGCCUUAUUUAUAGUGGUUUAUGCUGGAUUAGAAAUCCUUGCAAUACCAGCUAUCCCAUUGACCAUGUCAGCUGGUCUCCUAUUUGGUUCUAUUACUGGCACUAUCAUUGUCUCUAUCAGUGGAACAGUGGCUGCAAGUGUUGCUUUUCUAAUUGCCAGAUAUUUUGCCCGUGAUCGCAUUCUUAAAUUAGUGGAAGGAAACAAAAAAUUUCUUGCGAUUGACAAGGCAAUUGGAGAAAAUGGUUUUGGUGUUGUUACUUUUCUCCGUUUGAGCCCUUUGCUUCCUUUUUCUAUCGGAAACUAUUUGUAUGGACUUACAUCUGUGAAGUUUGUUCCAUACGUGUUGGGAAGUUGGCUGGGAAUGCUACCAGGAACCUGGGCUUAUGUUAGUGCUGGCGCAUUUGGGCGAGCAAUGAUUCAAGAAGAAUCUGGUGUGGGUUUAUCUGGAGGAAACAAUCAGCUACUUACACUCGGGCUUGGACUAUUGGCAACAGCACUGGCUGCAACUUAUGUUACAAAGCUAGCUAAGGAUGCUGUUAAAGAUACUGAUGAAUAGAGACUGGCUCAUGGCUUCGUCAGGGAAUUGGAGCAUAGAACAAUAACGAUUUAGAUUGAACAAUCAACAGGUGUUGUUACUGCAUGUAAUUAUUCAAAUGUAUCUAAUAAUUAACCAAAUGAAAUAGAUACUGUUAAUUUUUAUUGAUUUUUAUCAUCUAUGAUAUGCUACCGAAAUAAAUAAUCAUGAUGCUACUCUCUCUCUCUCUCUCUCUCUCUCUCUCACACUCAGAUUCAAUCCAGCACUUGUUGGACAUUGGUAUCGUUGUUGAAAUGAUAUUUGAUUUUGUGGUGGUUGCUA